GAAUCAGUGGAUGAUGAGAGAGAGUGACAGCACGCGGUGCAAAAGCUAAUACAGCAGACGGAUUAUUGUGGAUACUAUACUUAUCAUUCUCAAACACGUGUUUUCUUCAUGCUGUCGCUGGGACGGGAGGAUGUGUCGCACUGAAGUUUUCCCGGACUUUGAAAGCGCGCCGUGGGAAGUUUUCCUUUCUCGUGCCGCGGCUCUGAAAACGGCGUGGAGGACUUUUUCUGACACAGAAUGGCAAAGAAAGCGCGCUUCACGCCCCUGAUGCUGCACUUUUCUCUCUGUUUUAGUUCCAAAAGAAGCGCUGAAGGUUUACAACUGUUUCUGACGCGGCAGGUGACCAACAAGGCGCGAGAUCUGGACUUUAUUGUCACCGGAGGCAGCGUGAAAUUGUCCCGACUGGUCUCAGCAGUUAUGAGGAUAUAACCUGAAUAUAUCUAAAUAUACAUAAGAGAACCUCGGUCCACCAUGAGACCUCUGGUUGUUCUGUGCGUCAUGCUCGCGCUGUGGGAGUCGAGCCUGAGCAACAGAAACUGUCCGGACCUGAUCGUUGACAGCUGUCACUGCUCGGCGGAGAGGUCCAAGGAGCUGAGCCGGCAGCACGUCCGGGUCAAAGUGGUGUGUGAUGAUGUGGACCUGAUGGACACCCUGCAGCCCAGCUUCCUCCCCAAUAGAACCGUUUCACUAAACCUGAGUAACAACAAGAUCUCCCUGCUGAGGAACGGCUCCUUCUAUGGCUUGGCUGCGCUGGAAAAACUGGACCUGAGGAAUAAUUUGAUAAGUACAGUGGAGCCCGGGGCCUUCCGUGGUCUGCUGGCUCUGAGGAGACUGGACCUGUCCAACAACAGGAUCGGCUGCCUCUCCCCUGAAAUGUUUCUUGAUCUGGUCAAUCUCUCCAAAUUGAAUUUAUCUGGAAACAUCUUCUCCACUCUGACUGUGGGACUCUUCACACACCUCGUGGCUCUCAGAGUGCUGCACUUCAGCACUGAGACUCUGUUCUGUGACUGUCAGCUUAAGUGGCUUCUCCUCUGGGCUCGGAGCAAUUCUGUGAGGAUCAGCAACGACACGGCGUGCAUGUUCCCCACCCACCUUCAUGGACUGGAGUUUCGUAACCUACGUGAACAGCAGCUCAGAUGUGAUGGACCUCUGGAGCUGCCCCUCUUCCAGCUCAUCCCCUCCCAGAGACAGCUGGUGUUUCGUGGAGACCGUCUCCCCCUGCAGUGCACCGCCUCCUACCUGGACCGCUCGGUGGAGCUGCGGUGGCGUCACAACGGCCACAUCGUGACCACACAGGAGGAACAGGGCGUCUAUGUGGAGGAAACCCUGCUGCACGACUGCUGCCUGCUGACCAGCGAGGUCAUGCUCUCAAACAUCGAGGUGGGCAUCGCUGGUGUCUGGGAGUGCUUGGUGACCAGUUCCCGUGGCAACACCACUCAGCAGAUGGAGAUAGUUGUUGUGGAGACGUCGGCGCCGUACUGUCCCACUGACAGAGUCACCAACAACAAGGGGGACUUCAGGUGGCCAAAGACGUUGGCUGGCAUCCUGGCCUUCCUGCCCUGUGCUCCUGCCACCUUUGGAUCUGCCCCCCACCCCUCUGGCAACGCUCCUCACCCCCCAGGUAAAGGGGAGAAGAAGGCGUGGCGGCGCUGCGACCGCUCUGGUCGCUGGGCCGAGGAUGACUACACUCAGUGUCCGUACGCUAGCGAGCUGACACGCCUGCUGCAUGAGCUCACACAGAUCACUAUAAACACCACUAACGCUCAGCCUUUAGGUCAGCAGCUCGUGGCCUUCACCAGCAGGGCGGCGCACUUCAAUGAUGUCAUGGACGUCAUCUUUGUGACACACCUGGUGGAGAGGCUGACCAGGCUGGUGGAGAAACGGAGAGAUGUAAGAGUGAACACAUCACAGACAGUUUACUUCAUAACAUGUGAUUAAAGUCCGACAUGCAGCUGCGUUCUUUGGAAUUCCAAUAUUUUUUUUUUUAAAGUUGGUGGUCUCCCUCUCAGAUGAAAUAAGACAACUUUACCCCCAUUAUGUUUUGUGUUAAAACAACUUUGAAGGGACAGACUGUGAGAGAAGUCAAGGAGUUAAUUUGAAUGACUUUAAUUUAUGACCUCUAAACAGAUUUUGGGGCUUUGAUCAAUUUUUCCAUCAGUUUGUGAGCUACCAAUUAGC